UUUUUUUUUUUUUUCUUUGUACAAUUUUAAUCAAUAAAAAUGCCGGCAGCUCACCCCCUGAUAAAUUCUCCUGAGAAGCCGACUGUGCUGAUCGUCGGUGCAGGCAUCGGUGGAUUGACCCUGGCCAUCUUACUUGAGAAAGCAGGCGUACCUUAUCAAAUCUACGACCGUCUAAAUGAAAUCAAACCUCUGGGAUCUGCACUUUCACUUGGAGGAAGUGUGGCGCCGUUGUUCAAGCAGAUUGGCAUUUAUGAUGAAUUUGUAAAGCUUGGAAAGCAGAGGAACUCCAUUGACAAUUACAAUGAAAAUCGACAGCUUGAGUUCUCCAUGAAUUUGGCGCCACUCUUGGAAAUGGGAGGCUACCAUGGAUACAUCAUAGCAAGACCUAAACUCCACGACCUAUUAUUCCGGCAGAUACCUCCAGGAAAGAUUCAUAUGGGCAAACGAUUGUUGUCGAUGAAACAGAAUGAAAAUGGCGUUCAGAUCCAAUUUGCAGACGGCACAAUUGCAGAAGGUGACAUCCUUGUGGGAGCUGAUGGAGCUUAUAGUGGUGUUCGUCAAAGCCUGUACAAAAAUUUGCAUAAAGCCGGAAACUUACCAGCAUCGGACAAUGGAGCUUUACCAUUCAGCUGUGUUUGUCUUGUAGGACAGACCAACCCAAUGGACCCAGUGAAAUAUCCAGAAUUGUUGGACCCUAUCUGUCAUUUCAACUCGGUUAUCGCUACGGAUAGACCUUAUUCGUGGUCAUCAUUGACAGUCAAGGACAAUAUUUACUGCUGGGGUGUAAUAUUGUAUUUGGACAAGGAAAGCUCCAAAGAAAAUGAUAGCUUCCGAAAUUCAGAGUGGGGUCCUGAGGCAGCAGAGUCAAUGUGCAAGGAUGUUCGCGACUUCCCAUUGCCUGGCGGCGCUAACAAUGACCUGACUAUCGGAGAUUUGAUUGAUAACACACCAUUGGUUUCCAAGGUCAUGCUGGAGGAGAAGGUGUUUGAUACGUGGUACGCUGGAAGAACUGUCUUGCUCGGUGAUGCUUGUCAUAAAAUUCAUCCCGCAAGUGGACAAGGCGCUGUGAGUGCAAUGCAGGAUGCUGUCGCUUUAGCUAACUGGAUCAGUGUGUUGGACUCAACUACCAUCGAGGAUGCUGAGAAGAUCUUCAAGGAGUACAAAGCAGAGCGAUUCCCAGCUGCCAAAGCUGCGUUCGCUAAUGGACAGGCAUUGUCUAAAGUCACUGCUAGGGAUUGGAAAGCAAGAUUGACUCGCUUUAUUAGCCACAAUAUGCCAGGAUGGUUAUGGAAUAUCAUGUUGACACGUAUGGUUGAGUCACGCCCUCAGGUAUCGUUCCUACCGUUGAUCGAGGACAUUGGCACAGUGCCACCGAAACCACAGCCCAGUCUUGAAAAGACCCUGAAAAUUCAUCAGGAGAGAGCUGCGGCGGCGGCGGCGGCGGCGGCGACGACGACCGUGACUACGAGCCCAUCAAAUUAAAUUGCAUCUUUUUUAUUUAGUCUCCACGCUAAAUCUUCCAAGGCUUAGUUCUAGUUCUAUAUAGUUCUAGUUCUAAUCAUUGUCCAAUGGACGCGAGGUGGGG